AUGCUUCGAGAAUUAUCAUUCGGAUUUCAUUAUCUUAAUUUGUCACCAAGUGAUCCAAAUAUUAAAAAUUCCACAAAUAGUUGUCCAAUUGCGAGCGAUUUGAUGAUAGAAAUGGCUAUUGGUGGAAUAUUUGAUUUGUUUUUUCUUGGUGUAGCUUAUGGUUUAACAUUUAUGAUUGCAAAUGGAACAAGUAUUGAAGGAAAAGCAGCCAAAUGGCUAAUCGGUAUGUAG